GGUCAAAAUUUAUCUGGUUCACUCAAAUUAGCGUUGUUUUAACCAUCCUGUAGAAGACGAAUAUGAUGCCGAACAGAAGUAACCUCUCCUCCUUUCAGAAUGUUGGAUCAGAUUCCAGUAAGAUUAUGGCAGAGUAUAGCCACACACAAAACCAGAUGGAAUUACAAAAUGCUAGUUUGGGAAAGGGUUCUGUGGCGAAUUCCCUUGAAAAUGGUCUCCAGGAUAUUAUGGAAAACCUCAACCCGAAGAAAUACUCAUCAAGUCUCAAAUUUAAAACAAACGGGGACUAUGCUGGCUCGUAUUUAACCCUUUCACAACCUAUGCCAGUUAAACCUAGUCCUUCCUCCAGUGUUAAAAAUACACACUCUAUUACCAAAAUUCAAGGAGGCAAGCAGUUCCCCUGUGAAAGCCCAUAUCUUCCAGAUAAAAGCAUCUCUGUAAAGCAUUUGGGUUCCGUUUCGGGCACGUCUCCAUGCCUCAGCGGGUACAGUUUAGGAAGGACAGACUUUGAUAUUCAUGCCAGCAGAGAAAAUGAAAAAUCACUUGGACACAUCGAUAAGUUUCACUACUCAAAGUACAGUCAGAAAAACAAAUCGUAUGACAACGUCUACUUCCCAGGAAUGCUGGAGACAAAGAAGAUCUCGGGCUCUCUUCUGACCAUGUGGAAUGGAAGUUCGGGGAACGAGCUGAUGCUUUCACCUGCUAGCAAUUCGGGGGCGGCCAGCAUGCCUUCUAGCCCAAAGCAAGGCAGGAGAAUGAAUAUUGAAGACAGCCUGGCCAUUCACAUAAAACCCGUUAAGCACAAGGAUGUGAUGAUGGAGACUCUGGGUUCACGGCCUAGGAAAUACUCUGGUGGAUCUCUAAGUCAUAUGGGAAUGUACAGUCGUUCCCUGCCCAGACUUUAUAAAUCAACAGAAAGCCAGCUGGUGCCGUUAAGUUUGCCCCCCAGAAGCUCUCUGGGUAAUACUAAAAGGAAAAAACUUGGAGAAAAAGAUCUACCUCAGAACGCUUUAGAUGCUGAUAAUUACCUGAAUUUUUCUUCUUGCAGCUCAGGGGUUUCACCACAUGCAAACUCUGUCUCUGGGAAUAAUCCCUACGUCAGUUCAACUCUUAGUGUUCCUGCAAGCCCUCGAGUUGCUAAAAAAAUGCUUUUAGCGCCUUCUUCCCCAUAUCUUUCUGAAGAUUUUGAUAGACUUGGACUCUCAGGAACAAGUCCCAGUAGUUCUUUCUCCCCACUGGAUUUUGACAGGUCAUUCUCUGUCCGAAGAAACCUUUCAACCAGUUCCGUGGAACUUGAUGACCCAGAUCUGGAAAGUUACAGGCAGACGCCAAACUCACUGCAAACAUCCAUGCGGGAGCGGAAGAACAGGAAGGACGGGACUUCAUGUCCUGAUGCCGUGUUUCCCAUCUAUAACCAUUACGACGACUGUAUGAAAGGGCCAGGCCCGGUGCUGUCACAACAGGGAGAGCUGCAUAAUUACCGGCGAUCCCAGCCAGCACUUGCACAGCGCUUUAGGAAUUGGGUUGCGUGGCCAAAAGGCUUAGAACGACAGCGGCUGGAGACAAUCCUCAAUCUGUGUGCAGAAUACUCCAAAUCUGACAGCGCCCCCGCUGCAGCUACAACAGUUGCUGAUGUUCAAAAAAUUAACAAAGAACUCGAAAAACUUCAGCUCUCCGAUGAGGAUUCGGUGUUCGAGGACUCACAGAUCAAUCUGGAAACGAGGUUCAGGAGCCACUUGAAAUCAUCUGCAAGCGAUUCGGACUUCUCGGAGCUGAGCAACCACAGUCGCAGCACUGCUGCUUUCCUCUCCUCUAAAGGGUUGAGAGCCGACGAGCACUUCAACGAAAGCGCGAAGCCUCCACCUUUCGCUGCUCCCGGCUUCCUGAAGGAUGCCACCGAAUCGUCCUACCUAAGCAUCACACCAAAGAUACCAGAAUGCACAAGUGAAGAGCAAAGAGGGCAGGAGCUUGGUCGACUGGAGGAGGAGCGCAUAGUAAUACUAAAUAACUUGGAAGAACUUGAGCAGAAGAUCAAAGAUUUAAAUGACCAGAUGGAUGAGUCCUCGAGAGAGUUGGAUAUGGAAUGUGCCCUUUUGGACGGGGAACAGAAAUCUGAAACAACAGAGCUGCUGAAAGAGAAGGAAAUAUUGGAUCAUCUAAACAGAAAAAUAGCUGAGCUGGAGAGAAAUGUUAUUGGUGAAAAGACAAAGGAAAAAUUAAAACUUGAUGCUGAGAGGGAAAAACUAGAGAGGCUUCAGGAGCUUUACUCCGAGCAGAAGACGCAGCUUGAUAAUUGCCCUGAGUCCAUGAGGGAACAAUUACAGCAGCAGCUGAAGAGGGAUGCUGAUCUAUUGGACAUAGAAAGCAAACACUUUGAAGAUUUGGAAUUUCAGCAGCUUGAACAUGAAAGCAGGUUAGAUGAAGAGAAAGAAAACCUGACACAACAGCUCCUGCGUGAAGUAGCUGAAUAUCAGCGUAGCAUUGUCGGUAGAAAGGAAAAGAUAUCUGCUCUCAAAAAACAGGCCAAUCAUAUUGUCCAACAAGCACAAAGAGAACAAGAUCAUUUUGUAAAAGAGAAAAACAACUUAAUAAUGAUGCUACAAAGGGAAAAAGAGAAUCUCUGUAAUCUGGAAAAGAAAUAUUCCACGCUUUCCGGAGGAAAGGGAUUUCCUGUCAGUCCCAAUAGUCUAAAAGAGCAUUUCAGAAAUCUGGAAGAGCGAAAGAAGCAGCACAGGGAAUGCAUGUACAUGAGUGAUACUUUACCUCGCAAGAAAACGACUCCGUCUGUAUCACCGCACUUCAAUAGCGCUACGCUUGGACGCAGCGUUGCAUCUAAAGGACAUUUACCAUUAGGACAGAGCAACAGCUGUGGCAGCGUACUUCCUCACUGCCUGGCAACCAUGACCAAAGAGUCAGAGUCGAGAAGGAUGCACAAAGGGUAUAACCAUCAGCGUAUCUGUGAAAACCAAAGGCAGAAGUCUCCUGAAUUCUACAGCAGAACAGCAUCCGAAUCGAAUGUGUAUUUGAAUAGUUUCCAUUACCCAGAUCAUAGUUACAAGGACCAUGCCUUUGAUACGUUAAGCUUAGACAGUUCUGACAGUAUGGAGACAAGCAUAUCUGCAUGCUCACCAGAUAACAUUUCCAGUGCUAGCACUUCGAAUGUUGCAAGAAUAGAAGAGAUGGAGAGACUUCUGAAACAAGCGCAUGCUGAAAAGACUAGGCUGCUUGAGACCAGGGAACGGGAGAUGGAAGCUAAAAAACGAGCUCUGGAAGAAGAGAAGCGCCGCAGAGAGCAACUGGAGAAAAGAUUGGAAGAAGAAACUAGCCAGAGGCAAAAAUUAAUUGAAAAGGAAGUCAAAAUACGUGAGAAACAAAGAGCACAGGCCCGUCCUUUGACUCGCUAUUUGCCCAUUAGAAAGGAAGACUUUGACCUACGAAGUCACAUCGAAACGGCCGGUCACAACAUAGAGACCUGUUACCAUGUCUCCCUCACAGAGAAGACCUGCCGAGGCUUUCUGAUUAAAAUGGGAGGAAAAAUUAAAACGUGGAAAAAACGAUGGUUUGUUUUUGACAGAAACAAGAGAACUUUUACUUAUUAUGCAGACAAACACGAAACUAAAUUAAAAGGUGUAAUAUAUUUUCAAGCUAUUGAAGAAGUCUAUUAUGAUCAUCUAAAGAAUGCAUAUAAGAGUCCCAACCCGUUGCUCACUUUCAGUGUCAAGACACAUGACCGGAUAUACUAUAUGGUUGCUCCUUCGCCAGAAGCCAUGAGGAUAUGGAUGGAUGUUAUUGUUACAGGCGCAGAAGGCUACACCCACUUCAUGUUAUAAUAAAAGGGCAUGCAACAGGGCAUACUGCAAUAACGUAACAUAUGAAGUUAGCCAUACGCAGUGACAUCUGAAAAGCCAGUGAACACUCUGAAAGGUCCUCCUUAUGAUGUGCACCCGAAACCUCGGAAUGAGACGGUUUUACAAAUGCAUUGAAAAGGGGGGCUUGUUACUUGUUUUAGUUGAUCUUUAUAGGAACGGAAGACCUAAAGCUGUUGGGAGAAUCGUAGUGCUCCAGAAUGGAUAAUCGGGCAAUUUAAAUUACAGCAUCUUGAUUCAAUGGUAAUUCUCUACAAAUUCUCUUAUGCGGAGAAUGUCUUCGUAAACUCAUACUAAACAGUUUACAAAUGUGUGUGUUCUCAUCAGUAUGCAAAAAUUCUAGUAAUGGAACAAAAAGGUGUAAUAAGCAUAUAUUUUAAUAUGCAGCAUUUGACAUUUAUAGAUGAUUAGGUGACUUUUUAAAACUUUUAGUCGAGUAUUUUAUAAAAAUAUAAACAAAAGAGCAACCCUAAGGUACACAGAGUUCUUGCCUUAGUAGUGAAGUAUUACAACAGAGCCAAAGAGUUAUAUGGUUCCCUUACAAUGUUUUCAAAUUGUUAGUUGUACCUAACUUUCUGUAAGGGGACAGUGCCAAAACUCUUCAUGACUUUUAAAGAAAUUAAAUUGUUACGAUAUUCUGUGUGUUCAAACACCCAGUGACACCAACUGUUAUGCUUAAAGUUUGCAUCUAUGGAGCUCAACAAAAAAAGAGGAGGAUAGCUUUAUAACGAUGUGUUUUUUUCCACAAGGAUAUGAAAUGGAAACACAUGUAUUAACCUCCUCAUAAGGAGGGGAUUUUUACAGCAAUUUUCUCUUACGUAGUAGGGUCCCAGCGUGGUUCUAACCUUACUCUGUGCCACGUGAACGGUCUACUGAAACCUCUCAAACAUUGGUCCCCUUGAAGCCAGCAUCAAAAUCCCUACCUACCUAAAUUCUUUGGAGCCAAGUUUUCAGCCCCUGAGAGUUUUGUGGUUUUUUUUUUUUUUUUUAAAUGCAUGUCUGCACAGAACAAUGCUGUCAAACAGAAUAAAAAGAGAGAGGCAAGUUCUGAGAGUUUACACUAAGCAGUGUAUGAAUAAAAAACCCUGAAAAUCUUAAGUAGCAGAGAUUGAGAUUCCUAAAACAACAAAUAUACUGAGGGUGCAGUGGCCUCCCAUUUUAAAAUCACUUCCAAGUCCUUGAGUAAUAUUGCAAAAACAUAAAUUAUUUAAUUGAACUUCAAGAAGGUCUCUUAUAAUAGGACUUUACAGAGGUUCUAUUUCAGUAAUCAAACUUAUGUGCUAUGUGGUUUGUGUAAUAGAAGAAAGCACAUUAGCCUUUUUUUUUUCCUUGAUGAAAAGUUAAUGGCUUUUGAUGGAACAAAUAAAAAAACUGAAAGCAGAAUAGAAGUAUGCUGGCAGAAUAUUUUUUGUUAUAUUUUUUAAACCCUGUAUCUGUAAUGAACGGGUUGAACUUUUUGUGGUAUACACAGGUGAUAUGGUUGCUCUAGCAUGACGAACAUCAGUUUCAACUUGAUUCAUGAAAGAAGGGACUGUUGUCGCAAGAUAAUUGUUAUCAUCUGUGCAGAUCACAGAUGAUCACAGCUUGUAAUCUAAUGAUUUAAAACACUAUCAGAAAUAAAUUGCUUUGGUUUAUAUAAUUAUUAUUUUUCCCUGAUGUAUCUUGAUUUUACUCCUAAGUAUGGUUAUAAAGGUUUUCUAAUAAUGGUUUUUGUAUCCUGCAUGAUGCAAUGAAGGCAUUUCAAUAAACAUUUUUAAAAAUA